AUUAUUGGUGGGGGAAAGCAUAUACCGGUAGACGGAGCGAAAAAUGACUACAUUGUGUUCAGGCGUUUUGUGGAACCCUUCCUUUGCGUCAUCUGUUCAAGGACCCAGGAUGUCAAUGCUUGCAGAGCCACGCAGGAAACAGAAGUGGUCUGUGGACCCAAGAAACAGCACCUGGAGCAACGAUGACAACAAAUUUGGCCAGAAAAUGCUGGAGCGAAUGGGCUGGUCAAAGGGCAAAGGACUGGGGAGGAGCGAGCAAGGAUCCACAGACCACAUCAAAGUAAAAGUUAAAAAUAAUAACUAUGGGCUCGGAGCAAAUGCAAGUCAUGAGGACAAAUGGAUUGCUCACCAGGAUGAAUUCAAUGAACUUCUAGCUAAUCUGAAUGACCACCAUGGUCAAAACAACAGUAAUGAAGUUCCUCCAGAAGAGAUCAAAGGUUUUAGCCUGGAAGAGAAAUCAAAGACUUCUAAAAAGAGGGUUCAUUACACGAAAUUCACUAAAGGUAAAGACCUGUCAUCCCGUAGUGAAACAGACCUUAAUUGCAUCUUUGGGAAGAGGGCCAGGUCCAUUAAAGACCAGGAGCAGGAGAGCAGCAGGAGCGAGUCUCCAGUUGAAUCAGAGGAAAAAGGAACUCCUGCUUCAUCUGAACUGGAUGCUGAGUCAAUAACCAAAACUGUAACAAGUUCUCUAAGCAUGCAGGAGUAUUUUGCGCAGCGCAUGGCACAGCUCAAAAAGGCUCGUGGUGUUGAAGGUUCAGCUGCAUCUGUGAAAGAAAGGGAUACAGAAACAUCAGCUGAGGAGCUUGAUGCAGCCCCCAACAGCAACAAUGAUGCUGAUGAGCCCCAAAAAAAGAAGAAGAAAAAGAAGAAGAAGAAAAAGCUUGAAGAGGAGCUGGAGGUUGUGGAAGAGAAGUCCAGUCCUCCCAUUGUACAGGAAGAAAAGGAAAACCAAGAAAAUACAUGUUCAAGGAAGAAAAAGAAGAGGAAAACCGAAGAAAUCAGUGAUGAAUAUGAAAACUGUAGCUCCACCAGUGUUCUGGAGAUGAACUGUGAAGAACCACGGCUCUCCAAGAAGAAAAAACGGAAACAUGCUGAAAUGGAGCUUGAACAAAAUGAGGAGUGCAGAGUUAUCCAGGAUAAGGAGGACCACAGUGGUAUGAAGGAGUGUGAGGAGGAAGUGGUUAGUAAAAAAUCCAAGAAAAAGAAAAAGAAGAGACAAAAUAAUGAAUAGGGCGGAGUUGAUUCUAAUUUCAAGUUUCCUAAAAACAUGCCAUCUGCUCUCAUUUUCAAGCUUUACAUUUAUAAAUAUUUGAACAUGUAAACCUAAACUUUUAAUUGAUUUUUUUUUUUUUUUUUUGAAACUUUCAUGUAAAAUGUGCCUAAUGAGCUGGCUUAAAUGAAAUGAUUUAUGUCUGGAACUUUGUAACUUGAAUGAUAUCAGUAUACAGCUACCAUGGUCUCUUAAUAUGUGCAUGCAUUACUAUUUAUUUAAACAAAAGUUCACAUUUUCUUUAUCUUCCAUUUUGUCAUUUUUGGUACAAAAGUAGAAGCCCAAUCUUUGUGAAAGAUGACAUGAAAUUAGCCAAUCUUUCAAAUGUCCAGUUUAAUGCUUCUAAAUAAAGAAAGGCACAUGUGGUUUGAC